UUUGGUUGUGCAUUGAUAUAAAUUGGAAAUUUUUUACUAUUAGUUUAUUUGUGAAGGGUAUAGUCUGUUUCUUGUUAAUUUCAUUCCAAUUUUAAUGUUACUUUGCUGAUCAAUUCACAUAUCCUCAACCGUUAUACUUCGUCAUGUCUUCAUUGGUCCGUAGUCUUCUUCGAGAGCAACAUAACAUCGGGAAACUUGUUAACGCAUCGAAGAUUACUGGUGUAUAUGCUCAAGCUAAACGAAAUCUUUCCAUUCAUGAGUACCUCAGUCUUGGUUUGCUGAAAGAAGCAGGAAUUCCAACUCCUAAUGGGGAUGUAGCAUCCACACCUGAAGAGGCAUACAACAUUGCCAAAAACUUAAGCACUUCAGACUCUGUGGUAAAAGCUCAAGUUCUUGCUGGAGGUCGUGGUAAAGGUCACUUCACCAGUGGAUUGCAGGGUGGUGUUAAGAUUGUAUAUUCCCCUGAUGAGGUAAAGGAAGUUGCAAGCCAAAUGCUUGGCAACAAAUUAAUCACAAAACAAACUGGUCAGAAGGGCAGGAUAUGCAACAAAGUUCUUGUGGUUGAGCGAAAGUAUGUAAGACGGGAAUUCUACUUUGCAAUUACUAUGGAACGUGGAACGAAACAAUUUGGCCCUGUGUUGAUUGGUAGUGCACAGGGAGGCAUGGAUAUUGAAGCUGUAGCUUCUAAAACACCUGAAGCAAUUUUAAAAGAAUAUGUCGAUAUUAAUAAUGGCUGUACUGAAGAACAAGCUGUAAACCUUGCCAAGCGAAUGGGUUUCACCGACAGCAACUGCCACCAAGCUGCUGAUUGCAUUCUAAAAAUGUACAAGCUAUUCAUUGCGAAAGAUGCAUCUCUGAUUGAAAUUAAUCCGAUGGCUGAAGACUCUGAUGGCAAUGUAAUGUGCAUGGAUGCGAAGUUAAACUUUGAUGACAAUGCUGCACAUCGACAAAAAGAGAUUUUCAAUUUGAGGGAUUGGAGCCAGGAAGAUGACAGAGACGCUCAAGCAGCAAAAGCUGACAUUAAUUAUAUCGGCCUUGAUGGUAACAUCGGAUGCUUGGUGAAUGGUGCUGGGCUAGCCAUGGCAACGAUGGACAUUAUCAAACUACAUGGAGGAACUCCAGCUAACUUCCUGGAUGUUGGAGGUGGAGCAACUGCAGAUCAAGUGAUGGAGGCAUUUAAACUUAUCACAUCUGACGAAAAUGUCAAUUCAAUCCUUGUGAACAUAUUUGGUGGUAUUAUGAGGUGUGAUGUGAUUGCUCAAGGCAUCAUACAAGCUGCUCAGCAACUUGACCUAAAAAUCCCUAUCAUUGUACGAUUACAAGGUACCAAGGUUGAGGAUGCAAAAGCCCUAAUCGCGCAAUCCCAAUUAAAAAUUUUGACAUGCGACAGUCUCAAUGAAGCUGCUAAAAUGGUUGUUAAACUUUCUGACAUAGUUGGACUUGCAAAAGAAGCUUCCAUUGACGUUAAGUUUGAACUUCCUAUUUAGAACCUUGCCGCAAAUAUUAUUUAUAAUACCUGUUUGUUCCUCAUAUGUUCAGGGAUGAAAAUCUACAUUUACAUUUACUGGGCAGUAUUUGCACGAUCUGUACUGAAUUUAUUUAAAAUCCCAAAGUUCACAAAUCAAUUGCAAAGUUUAAAAAGAUAGAUUUACUGUGUUCUGUUAUUAAUAUAAGCAAGAAACCUGCAAGGAUAAUUUUCAUCCAAAAUAUAUGUUCCAAAGUUUUUGUACACGUUAAUUCGUGUUCGCGUCUAUGUAUAGUUCAAUCAGAGUAUGCUAAACUUGUUUGGUAUACUCUGGUUCAAUAUUGCAAACUUAAAAUAUAAUUUAUCCUUCAGUUCGGUGAACA